AUGAGUUGCCCUUUCAACGAAGAGCAGUUGCUGCAGUUACAAGCAUUUGUUGAGUUAUGUAAAACUCAGCCACAAAUUAUACAUCAUCCGAAACUCGCGUUUUUUAAAGAUUACCUGGUGUCACUUGGAGUUACUUUACCGGCAGCUACAUUUGGCACUAAGCACUUUACUGCAUCAGGAGACGGAGCUACAAAUGAAAAUCAAGCUGCUGAAAAUGAUUCUUCAGAGGAAGAAUCUGAGCCAGAAUCCGAUGUUGAAUUGAACAUGGAAGGUGUAAUCGAAGGAGACCCAAUUGACAACGAUCAGAUUAUGGGUGACCAAACCAAAGAACCUACAGAUGAAGACCGUGACCUGUCUGAUGAAAAACGUACAGAAGCUAUGAAAGCUUUUGCUGAACAACAAUAUGAAAAAGCUAUCAAGCUAUACACUGAAGCUAUUGAACUUAAUCCCCAAAGUGCAUUAUUAUUUGCAAAGAGAGGGCAGGUGUAUCUUAAAUUAAAUAAACCAAAUGCUUGCAUUAAAGACUGUACCCGCGCCCUUGAACUAAAUUGCGACAGUGCAGCUGCAUAUAAAUUUCGUGGACGCGCUUACAGAUUGCUGGGCAAAUUUGAAGAGGCAUCCCAUGAUCUUUGCGAAUCACUGAAAAUUGAUUAUGAUGACCAAGCUAAUGAAUGGUUAAAUGAUGUAAAGCCAAAUGCUGAGAAGCUUCGUCAACAUAAACUUACCGUUCAACGCAAAAAAGAGGAGAAAGAGCAUCGUGAAAAGCUGCGUAGAUUACGCAAGGCUCAAGAGGCUCGCUCCAAUGCGGCAAAGGCACAAGCUCAGGCACAUGCACAGGCACCACCUAGUGGUAUGCCAGGUGCCGGAGGUUUUUCUUCUCACGACUUCGCCAGUUUAUUCAUGGAUCCUGAGAUUAUGACAGCAUUCCAGGAUCCAGAAGUUAUGAAUGCAUUACAAGAUUGUUCUGUAAAUCCAGCCAACUUUGUCAAAUACCAAAAUAAUCCCAAGAUUGCUGCUGCUAUACAGAAACUGCAAGCGAAACUUGGCAAAGGUGGUUCAAUGCCAUUUGGUGGUGGCUUUCCGCCAGGCUUUGGGGGUGCCGGUGGUCGGGGCGCAGCAGGGCCCGAUGAUGAUGUUGGUCUUGACUAA